UCUUAGACAAAAUUUUACAUUGAAGUAUUCCUGUCUAAUAUAUGAAGGCAAGGAUUACGUGGAUGUAAAACAGGCAGUACACGAUUACUUCAUUUAUUUGUUAUUAAUAUUGUGGUGUGACUUUCUAGUACUAUUUUAGCUUGCUUUUUUUCUAUUAAAAGUUAAAAUAGUCGUUUUACGUGAAUAUAAGUUACUUUUUCUGAUAGCAACGAAAGAUUACUCUUUAUUGUUUUAAACAAAUCGACUUGAAUACUGUACAAUUUUAAAACAGAAUUAUAUUGUUUCGAUAAAAUUUACAAUAUAUAUAUAUGUAUAUAUAUAUAUUGUAAAUACAUAUAUCCGAUCAAUUCUUACGAAACAAAAAUAUGGCAGAUGAUAAAAAUGAAGAUACAAAAGAGGAUAAAUGCAAAGAAAAUAAAGACCAACUACAAAUGAUAGCUGCAGAAGAACGUUUAGAAUAUUUUAAGAAAUUAGAAAAAUGGUUACAUGAAGCCUAUGCUUGGCAGAGUAUGGCUGCAAUGUUUCCAUAUUAUUUAAUGUCUGGACAAAUAAUAAAUCCAUCAUCUGGUGUACCAUCAUUCUCGUCACAAGUAUCAAAUGUAGCAAAUACACAUAGGUUAAUUGUUGGCACAAAUGGUCAAGAGAACGAUCCAUUCCGACAAAGAAGACCUCAAGAUCAUGUAGGACCUCCAUUCCAACCUGGAGCUGAAGGCUUUGAAUAUCGUAUACCUCCAAUAUGGAAGAGAUUUGCAGCAGAGUUUAUAGAUUCAACAAUGUUGUUUCUUUUGAAGUUUUCCAUUACUUUCUUUGCUAUUGAUGUUUUUGAUUUCAUAGAUAUAGAUGAUCUAGACUUGGUACGGGCAAAUUUGAGAAUUGAUUAUAAAAUGGCUUUAGAAAUGACAUAUGGUAUAUUAGUAUUAGAAAUAAUUCAUCGUGUAAUAGUGUGCAUUUUUGAAGCAUUUUGGCUUCAACAUGGUGUAAAUGGUCGUAUUGGUGGUGCAACACCUGGAAAAUCCAUGAUGGGAUUAAGAGUUGUUCAAUGUCGUAGCGUUACACCUGUUGAUAGACCUGAUGAUCCUGAUGUUGUACUUGUUUCUCCAGGAACAGAUUUAGGCUUACCGUUAGCAAUUGGAAGAUCAGUUGUGAAAAAUAUGAUUUUAGCAUUUUUAUUCCCUAUAUGUUUUGCCUUAUUUUUCUUCAGAUUUAAUAGAACUGUUUAUGAUUUACUUUGUAAUUCUAUUGUGGUUGAAGAUCCUUACAGAAACUUAAAUAAUAAUAGACUUCAUCAACAAUAAAAUAUCAAAAUAUCAUUUAUAUCUAUAUUGUAUAUAUUGAAUGUGUGUACGAGCGUAUAUAAUAUGUACAUAACAUUUAAAAUUAUUGAAUAUUGCAAUAUUAUAAAAUAUUUUUCUAGAUGUAUUAUGAAAGAUCCUAUAAUUUCUGGAUACAUUUCUGGAACAAAUCUA